AUGAGAGAAGUUCCUGAUAAGUCAUGGAUUGAUAUUCCUAUAUUGAAAAGAAGAGCAAAAGGUGAUACUCGAUAUCGAGACGGAUGGGAAGCAUUCCUUGAAUAUGCAUAUGCUAAUCCGAGAAAGAUAGAGAACGAUUUGUUGUGUUGUCCAUGCGGUAAGUGUAGGAACAGAGGUCUGGUGGAUAGAGUUGCUAUACGAAGACACCUAGAAAGAUGGGGAUUUGAUGAAAAUUAUAAAUAUUGGAGUUUUCACGGAGAAGGUGAAGAUAUUGAAUUAGAUGAUAGAAAUAUAGACGAUACGCACGCAAUGUUCAACGAUGUUACGACAGUUGCAGAAGUUGAUGAAGUUCCAGAAGUACCAGAUGCUGUUGAAGUUCCUGGAGAUGCAGAUGAUGUCCAAAAUACCGAGGAUGUGCGUGAUAGCGGGGCCUACAGAAAUUUAGUGAAGAUAUUGGAAGACAACGAGAAGGAUCUGUACGAUGGUUGCACUGAGUAUAGUAGGUUGUCAUUUAUUCUUGAACUUAUGCGUAUUAAGACCCUGAGCGGAAUGGCAGAUAAAUAUUUUCAAAUGCUUCUUAAUUUACUACGCAAGGUAAUUCCAGACGGAGAGAAUAGCAUACCAGAAAAGUGUUAUGAUGCAAAUAAGAUUGUUGGUGCUCUGGGUUUAGAUUACAAUAAGAUCGAUGCUUGUCCCAAUGAUUGUGUCCUUUAUUAUAAGGAUAACGAGAAACUUGAGGAAUGUCCAAAGUGUGGAGUGUCUCGAUGGAGAAAGAAUGCACGUACUUCAACACGAAAGUCAGAUGAGUCAGUGAAUCAACAGAAGAAAAUUCCAGCGAAGGUGCUUCGACAUUUUCCCUUAGUGCCUCGGUUACAACGUCUGUAUAUGACAAAAAAUAUAGCAAAAGAUAUGCGGUGGCAUAAGGAAAGACGUGUAGAUGAUGGUAAAGUGAGACAUCCAGCAGAUGCAAAGGCAUGGAAGCAUGUGGAUCAGACUUUUCCCUCAUUUGCCACAGAGUGCAGGAAUGUCAGACUUGGGCUAUCUAGCGACGGAUUCAACCCGUUUGGCAUUAUGAGUUCGGGAUGGUCUACUUGGCCAGUUGUGUUAAUGCCCUAUAAUUUACCACCUGGACUUUGUAUGAAGCAAUCAUAUAUGAUUCUUUCAUUAUUGAUAUCAGGCAAACAUUCACCUGGUAAUGACAUAGACGUGUUCAUGGAGCCGUUAAUUGAUGAAUUAAAAUGUCUCUGGGAUGAAGGAGCGUGCCAUAAAACAGAGACUAGAUAA